UAAAUAUACACAUAGGUAUACAUAUUUUAAAUUUUUUUAAAUGGGUUUACACGAGAACGGGCUUCCGGAUCCUCCAGAAGACCUCAAUAAAAGUUUAUCGGUUAACGAAAAUAUCUUCAUUGGAGAGGAUUCCGGUGAAUCUGAAGAUGACGAUCAACUCGUAACUAAUGUCUUACACGAUUAUCAACCCCUUCCGUUGGGUCCAGAUGAUGUGAAUGACAACAGUUGCGAAGAGGAAGAGGAAAACGACAAUCCUCAAACGAACGUGAAUUCCCCUUUUGAACAGAUCAUUGGAAAUCAGAUUCUCCCUACAACAUCAACGGCGGAGUCGGACGUUAUAAGAGCUGUUUGGUCUGAACCACCUAAAGGAGAUGCAGGAAUUGAUUUGGAUAGCAACAAGAUUGAUGAAGUCAAGCGAGCUAUGCUAAACAUUACUCUUCCUCAAAGUGCAAUACCGGAAUGGGCUAAGACAGUACCAGAAGACCAAUGGAAAGAACAUUUACUUAAUAAAAUUCAAAAUAAUGAUAGACAUUAGUUAUAUUGAAUAACAUACUUUCACCUGCAUUAAAAUAAUUGUAUAUCAAACAAUUAAACAAACAAUGCAUUCCUUAA